AAUGAGAAACUUCCUCAUUGCAUGGCCAAACUUUCUGGUUUGUCGUGAAUAGAGUAGGCCUACUGUUGCUGCUUGACGCUUGACAGGGUUCGCAGUGUUUAGAAAACGAUGGGGAAAAUAGAAUGGGCCAUGUGGGCCAACGAACAAGCUCUCGCAGCGGGACUCAUUCUACUUACCGGUGGUAUAGUGGGGGUGGCCGGAUUGUUUAGAGGAUGGGAGUUUGCUGCCUAUUCAAUAGCUGCAGGGGUGUUUGUAUGCCUGCUAGAAUACCCAAGAGGCAAAAAGAACAAAGGCACUAGUGUGGAGCGAACGGGUCAGUACUGCUUUACAGUAUGUGUGAAAGCGUUUGGUCCACUGACAAGGAACUACUAUGUCAGAGCGUUCAUACAUGCAGCAUUAGCUGUGCCGGCGGGAUUCAUGCUCGCUACCGUCCUUGGCUGUGUGUGUCUGGGGAUCGCCAGUCUGAUCUACCUGGGGGCUGCCAUAAGCGGGGAACAAUGGGAGCCCAUUCUGCCCCGGACGGAGACUCGGAAGGCAGUAGGAGAAAGCAUCAAGCAGCCCCCUCAGAACCCCCCUCCGAGACCACCAGCAGAGAUGCGCAGGAAACGGGCUGAGGACCUGGAGGGAGCGGCCUAUGAUAACCCCAUCAAAGUGUCCACCAAUGAGGAAUGAAAAGCUUUCCAUCUGUCUCUUCCUCCGGCCUCCCCCCCCCCCUCCCCCAGAGCGUCCAUGUGCUGUACCCCACCACAACGACGGGUCUACUGUCUAUUCCUUCUGGGAUCGGAACUCUAACCGGGAUCGUUGCUUUAAUGAGGGAAUGUGUUGCGAUGAGGAAUAUUUACCCUUCAGCUGUUUAAUUUUUGUGAAACUAUUUACCUACUCUUAUACAGUUGAAAUGUUAUAGUUCGGUUAUAUUUUAUAUUUCCGGAAGCUAGAAGAUCAAAAUGUGGUUACCGACGCCACAUGAAUACGUAUUUGUAAGGAGGGUUUAAAUGAGGGAUGUAUCUUUGUGGACAUGGAUAGGACCUUAUCUUACAGAUCCGAUCAGGUGAACUGAAUGUUACUGCCUGUUGCUUCAUUAUUUGCUGCUGUUUGUGGUUAAUUGGGUAAGAAGAGACAUGGGGAAAUUAUGUCUUUCGCACUAGCUGUGGUAAUUUGAAUGAAGCACUUCAAGGGUUAAGUUUGAUCGCUUUCAAUUGCAUUUUCUGUGGUUUUUACAUUGCACAAUCAUACAGAACAAAUAGAAGUUGGUGGUAUCAGCUAUAUUCUGAAUAAUUUAUUUAGGUUAAAUAAACCUCUGUAAUGUACCCGCCACACCUUAAAAUGAUUACUAUCUAUAAUGGGUAGUAAUGAUAGUCAUUAUGCUAAAGAGUACUUGAGUUCUAAAUAUAUAAACUGUAGAGAAAUUCCAAGGUACAUUUAAUCUUCUUAAGUUAAUAACGUUAUACCCCUUCUUGCUUAGCCCAGACCCAUGCACUAUUAAAUAACGUCUCACAUGAAGGUGAGACAUAUUGUUACUAUGAAUUAUGGCACAAAAUAAAGAUGUAAUAAUGCAUAUAAGGGAUGAAGAUUUGGAAUUACUUGAAAGUUGUAAUACUUGUUAUCCCGAUUAUAAACAUGAUCAACUAUA